CUGGAUUUUACCUGCAGCAGCAUCUUCCUCCUUUCAUCCCUACUCCUAGGGUAGGGCCGGGGACGGGUAUAUAAGCGCGGGGUUCCCAGGACCAAGCAUCAGUAAGCCAUCUGCCUUAGUGUGGAUACAUCUUCUGACCACCAUGAAAGUGUUUGUGAUCGUUGCCUCCGUCCUGGCGCUUGCCGCCGCCCGCCCUGAAGCUGGAUACUCUUACCAGCCACCCCGCCCUAGCUCCUCCUAUGGAGCUCCCUCCGCUGGCGGCGGCCACGGUGGCGGCUUCGGCGGCGGCGCUGGCGGCCACGGUGGUGCUGGCGGCCACGGCUCCGGCGGCCACGGUGGUAGCUUCGGCGGCAGCGUCGCCUCCGGCGGCUCCUUCAGCUCCGGCGGCUCUUUCGGUGGUAGCGGCGGAUUCGGCGGUGCCAGCGGUGGAUUCGGCGGCGCCAGCAGCGGCUUCGGCGGCUCGUCCGGCUCUUUCAGCUCGAGCGGAGCCUCCAGCGGCUCCUUCUCGUCCGGCGGCUCCGUCGGCGGUGGAUUCGCCCCCGGCCCCAUCAUCCAGAAGCACAUCUACGUGCACGUUCCUCCCCCAGAGCCUGAAAUCAUCCAGUCCCAGCGUCCCCUGAACGUCCCCGCCCCCAGGAAGCACUACAAGAUCGUGUUCAUCAAGGCUCCUUCUGCCCCUGCCCCCACCGCCCCCGUCAUCCCUGCCUUCGCUCAGGAUGAGCAGAAGACCCUUAUCUACGUGCUGGUCAAGAAGCCCGAAGAGGCCCCCGAAAUCAACCUGCCCAGCAUCACCCCUACCGCUCCCAGCAAGCCCGAGGUCUACUUCAUCCGUUACAAGACCCAGAAGGAGGCCGGUGCCGCCAUCGGCGGUGGAGCUAUCGGUGGUGGUGCCAUCGGCGGUGGAGCCAUCGGCGGCGGAUCCUUCUCUAGCGGAGCCGUGUCCGGCGGAGGAUUCGGAGGCAGCUCUCACGGAUCGUCCGGCAGCUCCCACGGUUCGUCCGGCAGCUCCCACGGAUCGUCCGGUGGCAGCUUCAGCGCCCCGUCGUCCUCUUACGGCGUCCCCCAGACUGGCUCCGGCCCCUACUAAUCAGCAGCCACUAAUUGUAUGUUCAGUUGAGAAGAAGCAGCAGCAGCAUGUGUGUAAUGAAUGUAAUAAUCGCGUUAAGUUGACUUCGAUAGAUAAAAAUGUCCCGAAACCUGAUGAUCCUAGCGAGGGACGCUACGGGUACCAAAAUGCGCUGGGGGCUCCGCCAUCGGGGCCGCCGCCGCCCUUUCCAACUGACGGGUCUCGCCGAGACUCCUCUGCGUGGAAAUCGACGCACGUCCUCUUUUGUAAUAUAUUUGUGUAUUAUAGAAACCUUUUGCAUAAAAUGAUGGAAAGCAAUAAAAAUUUUAUUGUUCUACAAAAAA